AUGAGCACCAGCGAGCUGCGAAGAGCAGCCCGAAUCAUCCUCAUCGGAGCACCGGGAGUUGGAAAAGGCACACAAACGACCCGCAUGCUCAAGCGCUUCCCACAAUUAUCUUCAAUCAGUUCCGGCGAUCUUUUGCGCGACAAUGUACGAAAUCGGACACCGCUGGGUAUCCAGGCAGAGGCACUUAUGGCGCGCGGCGCUCUCGUGCCAGACAGCAUGAUUCUACGCCUGAUCCGCAACGCCCUGACAACUCGAGGCUGCGGUUAUAUCACAAUCCCACCUUCUUUGGAAUCCGAAUACCAAUACAGCGAACAUCCUGAUGCCAGCUUCAUCCUUGACGGAUUUCCCCGCAAUGCGCCGCAAGCUACACAGCUCGAGGAACUCAUUCCCGUUAAUCUUGCAAUUCAUGUUCAUACACCGUUUGAGAUCAUACAGGAGCGCAUGUCAAAUCGCUGGGUACACCCAGCCAGCGGACGCAUCUAUAACACCACAUACAACGCGCCAAAGAUCGCGGGUAAAGACGAUGUCACUGGAGAGCCGUUGGUGCAACGGGCGGACGACAAGCCCGAAGUCUGGCAGGCGCGGCUGAAGACAUUCGAGGAUAGCAGUCGCGAUCUCUUGGAAUACUAUGCUCGGAAAGGAGUGCUGUGGAAGGUUGAGGGCGAGAGCAGCAAUGAGAUUACCCCGAGGAUAUUCGAAGAGUUCGAAAAGAGGUUUGGUGCAUGA